CGUGUGUCAAUAAAGUUGAAGGAGAAGAGAAAAAAAACCCCAAACUUCACUAGAGCUCACAGAAGCAGAGGAUCAUGAGCUGAGGAAAGUAAAUCCUCCGUGAAGAAGUCACCUGCCUCGGGAUUCAUCACUCUUCGUCUUUCGAACCAUUUUGAUCCAGCAAACCAACAUGGCAAACGGGCAUUUAGGAAACCAUGAGCACUGCUCCAAUCAGGACAAGCUCAAACGCAGCACAGACGCUGACACUACAGCUACUUCAGACACUGGCAGCAUGGAGAACACGGUGGAGUUCAGGAUCAUGAUGGCCUACGCAACAAGAAAACGGCCAAAACAGGACGCUGAGUCGGCUGAGCAGGGCAGUCACACGGGAGCAAAUGGACCAUCCUCCCCUCAGACACCAGCCGAGGCUGAAACGGGAGCAACAGAGAAGAAGAAGAAGAAGAAGAUCAGAUGGAAAUCUCUGCUUUGCAUCAAAUCUGAGGACAAACCUGAGGACAAACCUGAGGACAAACCUGGGACAGUACCUGAGGAACCGCAGCCAAUACCUCCGAUAUCAGGCAAUGUCAAUUUCAGAUAUAGUGAUUCUGAAUAUGGUAAAGACAAGGAUGAGUUCAGAGAUGUGGCAAGCAUAGCACGCUUCGUGGAAGAGAUCGCCAAUGAAAUCCCAUUCGUCCUUCCAGAUAUAGAGACAGACUCGGGAGAGAAUACUGAAGAAAAUGUGGAGAAGGCGAUUGGUCUGCUCCUGAGACAGGCUGGAGAUCAACUGAACGAGGAGGAGCUGAAAGUUAUUGCCAGAGAGCUUAUUUGGAACUACGAUUUCUUUAAAGCGGUAAUAAAAGCCCUUCUCUCGAGGAUGGGCCUCUCUUCCCCCAACCCCGACUCUCCAGGGCCACAUGCGUCACCCAAAACCCAGAUUGCUGUCACCUGUGAGGCCACAAGUCGUUUGUCAGCAAUGGACACGCUGCCCAUGAACCGACUGCUCGGCUAUGGAGCCAGAUACCUGAGUGAAAAGUACACGUCCUGGGCACUGCAGCACGGCGGAUAUGACGAGGUCUUUAAAAGCGAUGACGAUGAUGACGACGUCCAGUGAACACACAGAGGCGGGAUCCAAAUCUGGAUCAGUAGCAUCUUGAUCACUUCAUAAACUCCUACUGAGAUGUUUUUAAUGCCCUCAGAACUGAAUGAGACUUGGGGAAUUAACUUUUCUGUUUACAUGCGAAUGAACUCCAACCAAACAGCAACACAGCUGCAGCAAUGUGCACUAGAAAAAUGAUUUCAUUAAUAAUUUUAUAAUUCAUGUAUUAUUUUUGUGUUUUUUUUUCUUCUUACAGAAAGUUUGAGCCAAAGAAGUGUCUGUUGUGUCAUUCAUCCAAUUAAAAAAUACAAACAUUUUUUAAGACAAAAAAAAAUUAUUGUUGAGCACCUGCACCUUUUCAUAAAAAAUAUAAACUAAUUGUCUUUCAGGGAUGGGGCUUAAUUGCUUCACUACUUGCUGCUGGUGGAUGGUGCUACACUUAUUUUUUAUGAAAAAAAAAAAACUUUUAUGAAAAUAUGUCUCAAAUUUGAUUUGAAAUGUGGUGUGUACUAUAAUGAGUUUGUUAAAUCUGAUACAUGACGACAAUGCAUUUCUUAAAACAAGCUGUAUUCACUUUCAUUUCAUGUCGGGUCAUUUUAAGUGAUUCUUGGUGAUUUAUUCACUUUUUUUUGUCUGAAUAUUUUUCUAUUUAUCAGCACAGACAGAAAGAACUGCACUGGAUCAUAGCUAAGAAUGAAUCUGUACCAUGAAAUACUAAACCAAAAUAUGUGAAAUACCUCCAUGUGUAAGAUGAUCUGUGAACUUGUU